AAAUAAUUUACUUUCGAUAUCGAUAUUUCAUGAAGCAAGACAUAGUUAAAAGCAAAUGAUGUUGAUGCCCGAAGUUGUUUGGAAUCGCAUAUUUAGCAUAAUACACGUUUUUCAGUGAAUAUUUUACUAUUGAAUCUUUCCGACGGGUUAAACUUGAAUUCGUUGAGCACAAAACGAUUUAUUGACAUUCACUAUUUUGAUACGUACAAAAUUACAAGGAAACAUGUCAGACAGUAUGGAACGGGAUAAGCUUGAAUUAUUGACAACUAAAGAAACUGAAGAAGAAGAAGAACAAAUGAAACGGGAGCUUCUAGAUAUGAAAAUGUACGAAACAUGGUAUACAUAUAAGGAUAUGAAAGAAAUCUUGUGUUUUAUUAAUGAAUCGAAAGAUAUGGCAAAUACGGCUAAUGAUAGUAAAAAUGCACAGAAGGAUUUAUUACAAUCUUCCAACGAUUGUAUCUCACAAGUGAUAUCCAAGGAAAAUUUAGCACAAGAAUUGGAAAUACAGGAACAUAGCAACACAUCUAGAUCGCUACUCCUACAUCAAUCGAAUCAUAUGUCGCCUGAAUUUCACCGGAUAUCCACUCACAGCCAUAGCAGUCCUGAACCUGUGGCUACCAUUACAGAAUCAAGAAACUCUGCGUACAGGGGCAAAAACUUUGACAAUGAGGACACGUUCGAUAGAUUACACGAUAAUCUAAAUACGAGAGACAGUCAUCAUCAGAGCGCAAACAAAUAUGUUUUAUUAAAAUUAAAAAAUACUUCGCAAGAUCCUCAUACGCAUAAUGCGGAGACAAAGGUAGACACACACUCGGAACGUGAUCAAAAGCUAGAACGGUGGCAAGUUAAUCCGCUCGAUUCGUACACUAGCAAAAAUGAUGUGCCUUUGCAACAGCCAAAACGACCUUUAGUACAAGAUCGUAUGCCAUUUAGAUUAUGCAAAGAUGCACAAACACCCGAGUCGCUUGAGAAACUAGUGCUCGCAUUAAACAUUCAUUUAAAACAAACAACAGAAUUGUGGCAUAGUUGGCAACGUACUACCGAUACUAAGUUUCAGUGGGGGUCACCCAUUCAGGUGGGACUUGCUAAAGGUAGUUUGGACAAAAAAACAUUAACAAACAUUAAGGCUGAAGAGAAUCAAAUGGAAUGUACAAACAAAUAUGACAUUGAACGACCUAAUAAACGUAAAUCAACCGUGGUCCUUUCUUCUUCUAACGCAACACAUUUUAACAGCGACGAAGAUGAAAAAAUAGUUAAAAAAAAGAAAACGCUACCUCAAGAAGGGCCAAGCAGGAUAUUACGUUCUCACAAAGGAGCAUCUGUUAUUACAAACGAAAAAGAUGAACGUUCGGGUAAUACUAACAAUAUUAGCAGAACUUGUAAUAUAGAGAGUACAAAAAAUUUUAAAGCAGAACAUCAAAAAGAGGAAUGCUUAUCGCCUGAAUUGCUUUCUUUAUAUACAAGAAAGAUUAUACCUCUGAAUCCGCUUAAAAACAUUAGUAAUAAGAAAAAAUAUAUUAUUAAUACACCUGAAACUGAAAAUCUAACAGCACACGGUAGCAAUAUGGAAGAAAGUGUUACAAGUGAUAUUCUCACGGAUGAAGAAAUUCUUGCAGAAUUAGAGAAAGAUAAAGCCGAUGGUAAUAUUAAAAUGUUCGAUAAUACAGAAAUUAAACCACUACCAGUUACAGGACUCUCGCGUAGAAUAAAAAAUGAAUGCAUGAUUUUGGAAAAAAUUCAAAUUGAGAAACAGAAAAAACUGGAGAUCUUAAAGGAGGAGGCUCGAAAAAAGGAAAACGAGAGAAAAAGAAAAAGGGAAGAGUUUUAUAGAAAACAAAUAGAAGAAAGGCAACAAAGAGAAAAGCAACAAGAAGAAAAAGAAAAGGCUAGAGAGGCAAAAACUAGAAAGUGGAAUAGCGUGGUUGAUGCAAAAUUACGGAAAAAAAUUGGUGAACAAAGUAAGGAAAAAUUACGUGGUUUACGCGAACAAAACGAAAACAAGAUUAUCGAAAUCACGGAGGAAAAUAAUUUGUUUCAGGAUAAUAACAGGACUUCGAUAAUUAAAAAAAUUGAAAGUACAAGAGAUAAUGUAGGAAAUAAUAUAAAUUGCCCUAUCUGCAAUCAGUCUUUUCCGAGCGAUAAAAUAGAAACACACGCUGCGGAAUGUGAACAAUACAUAACCGAUAACGAAGAUGAAAAUAAUGCUAAUUUAUUUGAAAGUAAAAUAACAUCGAAAAACGUUAAUAACGAAGUUCUCGAAUGUGGUGUUUGCUUAAUCUAUAGAACAACUAAUCGUGCACAUUACGAGGAACAUGUUAACAACUGCCAAGAAACGCAAGAUCAAGAAGAAUCAUUGCCUGAAUAUACGAGUACAGAAAUUGAUAAUAUUCUCAACUCACCUGUCCGUUGUUAUCGACCAAUUAGCGAACAAAUUGACGGAAACAUAGAUUAUAGAAGACAGUUUCCAACAAAUAGCAAAGCACAGGUACAUUCCAGUAAAAAAAGGAAACAUUAAUAAAUGUUGUUUCUGUCCUUAGAUUGGACAGAUAUUGUAUAUAUGUAUUUAUAUGUUGAUAAACAGAAUCAAGUAUCGUUGCUUGUAUGGUACUGUUAUACUAUUCAGCUAUAUCGAAAAGAUAAAAUUCUUAAUUUUUCAUACUAAACGAAUGCAUAAAAAAUGUAAGUUAUAACUAGCAACUUUUACAUUUAUUGUAACAUUCCACGUAUCGCAAGCGCUUGGUGUGCAUUGUUUUGUUAAAAAAAUAUUCACUAUUUUACAUUUAAAGUAAUUUUGUUAAUUUUAUUUAAACUUUAUAUUAUAAAACGAUAAACUUUGAAUUGA